AUGGAAUUUCCCGGAGGAUCCAUCACCAACAUACGCGUCAUUGAUGGAUUCUCCAACGUCUACUGGAGGAUAUAUACUGAGGAUACUAGCAGCACUCAUCCCGCUAGCGAUGGCCCGAGCAACGGCCGUACGGUCUUGAAGCAUAUUAGCCGCCUCAAGGAGCUCGAGCUUCGGCUAAGAAGUCAAGGUAGCUUGGUCCUGAGUUACCCGAGACGCCUUGGUCUUCUUAUAUUCUCCGCCACCCCGGACUUUGAGCACCUUUCGCCAACACUUUUGAGCGAGAGAGGAGAUGAUUCAAGCCGGCUUCUAGUUGGCUCUACCAUUCUCAAAGUUUGGACAUCCGGGAGUGUGUCUUCCGGGGACCUGGCAAAAAGUCAUCGGUCUGAUUUCCAGACCGCAAGCGCCAAUUCCCCCGCGCCCUCCCAACGGCUGCAAGGCAGUUCUGUACAACCUAGGCGGGUGGAUAACUCUGGUGGAUCAGCGGCCAUUUACGCCUCGUUUAUUUCAGCUGUCACCGCCGCAUUUAGCCUUCAGAUAGUUCGACAGAACAACGCUAUACCCCUCGGGCCGCGAACACUCUUUAACACCGUGGAGAGCGACCUCAACGAGGGUCAGGGUGCUGUCAACGAUGAACCUUCUUCCGUGCCAGCCCUGACCACCCUCCAAGCCCAGCUGACAUCGGUGGGGAAAUUAACAAUUGCCUUUCAGACUGUAGUACAGACUGGCUUGACGCGGCUCAAUAAACCAGGAGAAAACAGCUUGGAAGCUGCGCCUGGGACUGAUCUUUGGUUAGCCCCUACUGGUUCGAUCGCAAGACUGGUGGCGGCUCAUCCAGAGGAUAUAAACAACAAGCUUUCUUUUUCUGCUUCAGAAGAUGCUGGACAGUGGAAACAGAAUGUUUUGGAAUGGCUCGGGUACUUUGGCCUGCCAAUCGACGCGGUGACUGGAGAAGGCUGGGUUGAGGUUGAGGUUUGGGAACCGUUUUAUUCCAAACUAUCCGGAGAAGCACGUGUGAAGCAAGAGGGUCACUCGCUUCCUCUGAAGCGUAUACUAUGGCCCGCCGCCUAUUGCUUUCGACGGACAAAGUCAACCCAACUUGAAGCACCUGAGAAAACCGAAGUAAAUCCACCGUUUUUCUGUGAUCCGCUGGAUUUCGCGGAGGACUGGUACACUAAGGAGAUACCCAAAACUGCUGAGACGGAUUUAGAGUUACCCUCUGAAGGUCCAGAACGACAAAUAAGCAACCAGGACACUCUAUCACCCGGCUUUGCCAGCCUCCCAGAAGGGAUUGAAAGUCUAUCCAGAGCAUCGCUAUAUCCUGAAAUGCAGAGUGCGAGCCUCGUAUACCCCACGCCACCAGAUGGGACUGCUGGCGUAGGAGUCAACCCUACAAAUAUCCGAUCUACUUCAAAAAGUGGCGUGGAUCCGGACGUGACUAUGGAAUUUGGCCCGGCUGCAGGCCUUGGGGUCGGAUCUGGUCUUUACGAUACCAACGAGGAUGAUGACUUAUUUGGAGACAUGAACGAGAGGGACUUUGGCACGAAGGGAAUCACGGAUGCGGAUUUCAGCUUUUUCGAUGACGAUGGCUUCGACCACCCGGGGAAGGGUUCCAAUAUAGGCCAUAGGCAGGAAAGCCCUGAUUUUGUUGAUCCAGCCAAACCAAGUGCUGUGGUUGAACUUUCAGAACCCAUCGCACCCUCGCCUAACAGCGCCCCAAUUGACGUGAAGGGUGUCACUGAAGAAAGUCCCGAGCAAACACAUGAUCUGCCGCGACAUGACCCUAUUCCUGAAAGUAACGCGCCCAUGUCAUCCCCUCAUUAUGGCCAAAUGCAAACUAUCAGUCCCCCUCUCAGUCCUGUGGAGGUUAAACGGAUUCUUUUCCCAGACUCGAGCAGUAGCAACCAGCUUGUUGCUAAAAGCACUCAUGUUCCAAGUCAUUACAGCCCGGUUGCGUUUAAAAACAAUGGAUCUUCUUGGGAUCAAAAAUAUGGCGCGGACGGCAAGUUCUCUUUCGUGGGCCCAGGUACAGCAUUCACUCAGGACCCCUACACCUCGACAGAAGGCAUCCCUACAAUUGGCCUACCGCGCCGAAAAAGUAAUGUCAAGGCGCUUACCCUCCCAAAAGCGCCUGGCGGCGAUGAACCCGCGCCGAACGAGAUGGAGUCAUCAAGUCCUGAUUCGAGCAGUGAGACGGGCGAGAGUGAUAAUGAUGGCCUGGAGAGCAAUAUACUGCCCACAACUCUUGCAACGCUUAAACGAAAGCGCGCCCGUUCUAGUCCUGGAAAUUCUCCGAUAAUCUCUUCGGACAAGGCCCUCAAUGGCCUUCAGGGAAUAAGUAAAUCCGAGGAUUCUGUCUUUCUCGGAAACUUCCUCUCAACAUUUUCUGAUUGGUCAAUCGCUGGGUUUUUCUCAUUAUCCGAAAACCAGGUCUUCCCAUCACUUGCACCGCAGGAGGCGCAGGUUCAAGUUGCUCAGAUUUUAGUUGACCAAAUCACCCAGUCAUCGUUAGAUCAUAAACUCGAUGGCGAGUUUGGCGUUUCUUGUCUCGACAAUCAAGCCUUCAGCCACCGAGAGCUGCUGGCGGUCUCCGAAUACCUGGGAAGCUUUGACAGACUUGACUUGAAUGCCUUUGUGUCACUAGAAGAGCAAAUUCCCUUCUCCCCUGAUGCAUCAAGCGGCCUUACUCCUCGGAAAAAUUCUCAAAGAAAGGAACCUGGCAAAGGGUCUAUCACAAGGCUGCCACUACCACACUUACGUGUGCGACGCGGCAAAAGCUUUUUGGAAACAUUGCCCCCGGCAAUAUCAUUUUGGGAAACGUUCGACCUCGAGCCCGCUCAUGGACCUAAGGAUAUUACUGCAUAUUGCAUACAUCCACAUAUCAUGACAAGAGCAGCCGAUACGUUUCUAGAGCGGCUGGGUCUUCUCUACACUAGCUGCAAUCUUGGCAGCCAUUCUAGAGGGGAUUGUUCUGGCAGCUUUAGCAAUGGCUUAGCUGAAUGGGCCGUCAAUCCGUCAAAGCGGACCAACUAUCCAUCUAUGAUGCUACAGCUAAAGGGAAUAUGUGGAGAUCUCGCAGGAACUGCUCUUUUAGAGAGCCCACCAUCGAAGGAAAACAUUAUUAUCUAUAUUAUAAAUCCGUUUUCGCAUGCUGCAUCUCUAGUCGACAUAUGUGCUGCGUUCUGGUGUCUACUGCAAACCUACUUUGCCAACGAAGACAAGCAGCAAUCGAAGCCACUUAACGAGGUUCUGUUGCAGGUCAUUCCUAUGGAUUUUGUCAUGUCGGCAGAGUCAUUGGUUGUACCACCCCAAACAGACUAUCUGAACCUGGCAAUGGAGGUUUACAGUCGAUGCUCCACAGGUCAAAUCCAAUCGAGCCUUAUGGACUGUGCGCCGCCUGUGAUGCUGGCGGAGACUCUUCCGCAGUCGAUUGGGUUCAAGCUCGCUUCUGAAUCUUCACCCCCAAUGCAGGAAGGGAAGUGCCUUCAUGUUGCUUGUUCGAGAAGUCGGGACCAACGAUGGAUGUCUGUGGCGUGGUCGGACAAUUCCGGAGCCCUUCAACGGACGAUGUCCUACUGCAUUCGUUUUCGGAAUUCUACAACCUCCCGAGCUCUCCCAGCUGUGCGUAGCGAAAUUUGGGCAGCAACAAAAGACAUAAUGGACAAGAGCCAAGCACGCUGGAGGGUUAUUCUUGUGAAUACUGAGAAUGUGGACCAGGACGAACAUGAUACGUGGCUGGGCCUCGCCGAGCAGUACAACAAAUCAAGGCCUGUGCCUGUGGAACUGACGAUACUGAGUGUCAAUACAGCCGCUGAUCUCUCCCUGAGUCCUCCACGCUCCCCGAUGCCAAUGAGUGUCCUCAACCCACAGACUUCUUCAACGCCCAUUGCUACACCACUUCCCAGUGGCUCCAUCCUUUCGCCGGAUCAAGUGGGAAAUGCACCGACUCCUCCAAGUGGUGCCAAUGCCCCAGCAAACGCGCCCACCCCAACAGACCCACUUUUUGAAUCCGAGCCCGAAUCUCUACUUACGGACAUUUGUGACGAAUCUUGGAGUGUGGUACUAUCGCAUCGUCUGAAUGGCACCUUGCACCUGACUGAAUAUCGCCCCGCAUUAGCUAGUGGAUAUCUUCUACGCCGAAAGGGUCCCACUGAUGCAGAUGGGGCAUUUAGCAUGAACGUCAAUCUCUUGUUUACACAGCGAUCUUCAUACUCACAUGAAAACACCCUUCGCGAGAUUAUAGGGCUAUAUCGUGACCUGGCGACCCUUGCACGAAUACGAGGCACGCGGAUUGUUCAAACCGGCACAUUACCUUGGCAUAUUGCUACCGCAGUGCGCGCUCAAGAAAUAUUGAGCUAUGUCCUGUGA